AUGGCUGCGCCAAUUUCUACUGUCGCGGAGACCAAUGAGCUCCGGGGUCUAAACCUCAUCGCUGCUCAUUCACAUAUUAGGGGUCUCGGUGUCGAUGCGGAUUCUUUGCAACCGAGAUCAGCCUCUCAGGGCCUUGUUGGCCAAGAGAAGGCUCGAAAGGCGGCCGCAGUCAUUCUUCAGAUGGUGAAGGAAGGUAAAAUCGCUGGACGGGCUGUCUUGAUCGCAGGCCCCCCUAGCACGGGUAAAACCGCUAUUGCUAUGGGAAUGGCUCAAUCUCUUGGGUCCGAUGUCCCAUUUACCAUGCUCGCAGCCUCCGAAAUCUUCUCGAUGGAAAUGUCGAAAACAGAGGCCCUGACACAGGCUUUCCGAAAGUCCAUCGGAGUGCGGAUCAAGGAAGAAAGUGAGAUCAUCGAGGGCGAGGUGGUCGAGAUUCAGAUUGAUCGGAGUGUGACUGGUGGCAACAAACAAGGAAAGCUCACAAUCAAAACCACCGACAUGGAGACAAUUUACGAUAUGGGAACCAAGAUGAUCGAUUCGAUGACAAAGGAACGGGUUAUGGCUGGAGAUAUUAUCUCGAUCGACAAAUCUUCAGGCAAGAUUACCAAGCUCGGGCGGUCGUAUGCUCGGUCCCGCGAUUACGAUGCGAUGGGCGCCGACGUCAAAUUUGUCCAAUGCCCGGAGGGAGAGCUCCAGGUGCGAAAGGAAAUUGUGCACACUGUUAGCUUGCAUGAGAUUGAUGUCAUCAACUCGCGCUCGCAAGGAUUCCUGGCCCUCUUCUCAGGUGAUACCGGAGAGAUCAGGAGUGAGGUUAGGGACCAAAUAAACACUAAGGUCGCGGAGUGGAAGGAAGAGGGCAAAGCAGAGAUAAUCCCAGGUGUCUUGUUUAUCGACGAGGUACACAUGCUUGACAUUGAGUGCUAUUCCUACAUCAACCGGGCUUUGGAGGCGGAGCUUGCUCCCAUUGUCAUCAUGGCAAGCAAUCGCGGAAACUCGCGUAUCCGGGGAACCACAUACAAUUCUCCACACGGAUUGCCGCUUGACUUCCUCGACCGCGUGGUCAUUGUGAGCACACAGCCAUACUCUGCCGAUGAGAUUAGACAGAUCUUGGCAAUUCGAGCCCAAGAGGAAGAGAUCGAUCUGUCGCCGGAUGCUUUGGCUCUUCUAACAAAGAUUGGCCAGGAAUCCAACCUCAGAUAUGCCAGCAACAUCAUCACCACAUCACAUCUUCUCAGCCAGAAACGGAAAGCCAAGGAAGUGAACGUUGACGACGUUCAACGGAGUUACCAGUUGUUCUACGACCCUGCUCGCAGUGUCAAGUUUGUCAAAACCUACGAGCAGCGCUUCAUCGGUGAUCAAGGGAACGUGAAUUUUUCGGCUUCUAAUGGAGACGCCAUGGAAAUUUCAUAG